UUCAAGCUUUUACUACUUAAUUUGUUACUAUAAAAAGAAGAUGGAAGUGGAAAAAGUUUGUUUGGAGUAGAAAUAAAGUUACAGUAUUACAGUAAUUAAUACUGUCGGCCCAGAUUACAAAGACUUUCUGUGGAGAAAUGACGGUUUUCAUUUGAUGAGGCAGAUUUAUGUGGGGACUGGCAGAAUUGCCCAGUCGUGUGGCUCUGAAUUACUGGAUUAGCAGCAUCAUGGAUCCUGCCCAGGUGGGGUGAAGAGAGGGGUAGUUUUUACCAUCUUUCCCUUUUCUGCCUAAAUAUCUUGCUACCAUUUCCAAGCAAAACUGUAGCGGGACUGGAUGGUUCUUUAUGCACUAAUCCAUUGGAAUUGCAUUUUGUGAAAAAGUAACAAGGAAGAAUUUUCUUCAAGGAUCACAUCUAAGUGCACUUUUUGUUGAGACAUCAUUUCUAAUCUUAUAGAAAAUUUCAGCUGUAGCCCUUGGACUAGAAGCUGAAAUAAUAGAAGCUGUGUAUGAUGCAUUAGGGUAUUGAAGAAAAUUAAUUUUUGAAUUAAAUAUUUGGAAUAUAAGGAAGGAAAGGUGACUGAAAAUGGGGCGGAAGAAAAUACAAAUCACACGCAUAAUGGAUGAAAGGAACCGACAGGUCACCUUUACAAAGAGAAAGUUUGGACUCAUGAAGAAAGCCUAUGAACUCAGCGUGCUCUGUGACUGUGAAAUAGCACUCAUCAUUUUCAACAGCUCCAACAAGCUGUUCCAGUACGCCAGCACCGACAUGGACAAGGUGCUGCUCAAGUACACCGAGUACAAUGAGCCUCACGAAAGCAGGACCAACUCGGAUAUUGUCGAGGCGCUCAACAAGAAGGAGCACAGAGGGUGCGACAGCCCAGACCCUGACACCUCCUAUGUGCUAACUCCGCAUACAGAAGAAAAAUAUAAAAAAAUUAAUGAGGAAUUUGAUAAUAUGAUGCGGAAUCAUAAAAUCGCACCUGGUUUGCCGCCUCAGAACUUCUCGAUGUCCGUCACAGUCCCUGUGAGCAGCCCCAAUGCCCUGUCCUACACUAACCCAGGGAGCUCCCUCGUGUCCCCCUCUCUGGCAGCCAGCUCGGCGUUAGCAGAUUCAAGCAUGCUCUCUCCACCUCAGGCUGCGCUGCACAGGAAUGUGUCCCCUGGCGCCCCGCAGAGACCACCCAGCACUGGUAGUGCAGGUGGGAUGUUGAGCACUUCAGACCUCACGGUGCCGAAUGGAGCUGGAAGCAGCCCAGUUGGGAAUGGAUUCGUAAACUCAAGAGCUUCUCCAAAUUUGAUUGGAACUACUGGUGCAAAUAGUUUAGGCAAAGUCAUGCCUACAAAGUCUCCCCCUCCUCCAGGUGGCGGCAAUCUUGGCAUGAACAGUCGAAAACCAGACCUUCGAGUUGUCAUCCCCCCUUCAAGCAAGGGCAUGAUGCCCCCACUGAAUACCCAGAGGAUAAGCAGUUCUCAAGCCACUCAGCCUCUAGCUACCCCCGUCGUGUCUGUGACAACCCCCAGCUUGCCUCCGCAGGGACUCGUGUACUCAGCGAUGCCGACCGCCUACAACACUGAUUACUCGCUGACUAGCGCGGACCUGUCAGCCCUGCAGGGCUUCAACUCCCCAGGAAUGCUGUCCCUGGGACAGGUGUCGGCCUGGCAGCAGCACCAUUUAGGACAAGCAGCCCUCAGCUCUUUGGUUUCUGGAGGGCAGUUAUCUCAGGGUUCGAAUUUAUCCAUUAACACCAACCAAAACAUCAACAUUAAGUCAGAACCAAUCUCACCUCCCCGGGAUCGAAUGACCCCUUCAGGCUUCCAGCAGCAGCAGCAGCAGCAGCCGCCGCCACCGCCACCACCGCCACAGUCACAACCCCCCCAGGCCCGGCAGGAAAUGGGGCGCUCCCCUGUGGACAGCCUGAGCAGCUCGAGCAGCUCCUACGACGGCAGCGACCGGGAGGAUCCACGGGGGGACUUCCACUCUCCAAUUGUGCUGGGCCGACCCCCAAACGCUGAGGACAGAGAAAGCCCUUCUGUGAAGCGAAUGAGGAUGGACGCCUGGGUGACCUAAGGCUUCCCGCCUGUGGCUGGUACUGUUACUGCAGUGAACUGCCCUGCGUAUCUAAAUUGGCCGGUAAGGACAUGAGGUAAAGCUAUUUAUAUGUACAUACAUACAUACAGACCCCUUUACAUGUAUGUAUGUGAGUGUGGGUGUGUGUUGCAUACACAGAAUCAGGCACUUACCUGCAAACUCCUUGUCGAUCUGCAGAUGUGCGUCCCAUGGCAAACCAAGCACCUGUAGGCAGAGUCUAGUCUGGCACCUCCCUGGAUUUUAUUGUUCCAUAAAAUACCCCGUUUUUGCAGAGAAACGUGUACCCGUAUAUAACUCCCCCACACUAGCUUGCGGAAACUAGAGGGCCCCUCCUUGUUUUAUUUAACUGUGCAGUGACUGUAGUACUUCAGAAAAAUGCUUUGUAGAACGGAGCAGUAGAAAAGCAGGAACCAAGAAAGCAAUACUGUACAUAAGAUGUCAUUUAUAUUAACUACCCAACCUGGCAUGGGUCUCUUUUGCAAAGGGGUGCAUGGUAAAGGGCUGUUGAUAUUAAAAAAAAACAAAACAAAAAAAGCCCCACACGUAACUGUUUUGCACGUGCAAAAAUGUAUUGGGUCAAAGAAGUGAUCUUUAGCUAAUAAACGAGAGAAUAGAAAACGCAUGAGAUCUUCAGAAAAUACUAGCCUAGAACUAUAGAGCAUUAACAAAAUAAAUUAAUAUAUUAAGUUAUAAUUGGAAUAUGUCAGAAGUUUCUUUUUACAUUCAUAUCUUAAAAAUUAAAGAAACUGAUUUUAGCUCAUGUAUAUUUUAUAUGAAAGAAAACACCCUUAUGAAAUUGCUGACUAUAUAUAAAAUUAUAUUCACUACUUUUGAAAACAUUCUGCUAUGAAUUAUUUAUAUAAGCCAAAGCUGUAUGUUUCAUUUUUUUUUUUUUUUUUUUGAGAAUAGCUUUAUCUUGUUUUAACUUUUUAGUUUUGUUCUAAGAGGGAAAAAAAAAUAUCUUGCAAGCAGAACCUUGGAAAAAAAAAGCCAUGAACACUUAUUAUUCUAUAUAUAAAUUAAAAGUUGAGCCAAACUCUUCCUGUAUAUAGCAUCUUAAAUAUAUUAUCACCUUCGAUGUAAGUACCUAUGUAUUGUAUGGUCACCAGAUUAAAAAGUAUAUUUUUGUGGAUUUGCCGCCAAUUUGGGGGGAAAAGGCGAGAUCCUUAUUAAGUAGAGUAUUCACUGUUUAAUAUUUACUAUUUUGUUAAAUAUACUGUACUUUGGAUUUUAAUUAUUAGCCCAGUCUUUUCAGAGGAUUGUAUAACGGGGUUUCUCCCCUCACUGGUGGUGAAUGUGUGAUGUUGCAUUGUAAUCUUUGUGCUGUAUGGGUUGAGCAUCAUUAUAUAUUUUAUAUGUGUACAUAAAUAGCAAAGUGGCAAAAAAAAAUUGGUGUUAAGUUCAUCCUGCAUAAAUAUAAAUGUGUUGUAACAGAUUUUAUAAGGCGUUAUUUAAAACUUGCCUUUUGUGAGGAAAAAUAUAGAAGCAGCUGACCUAACUUAAUUUAGAGAAAAUGGCAAAAUAGAUGAGCACAAAGGUUUUAUAAGUGGUAAAUGAUUAGGGAAACCCUCGCUGGGCAGGGACCUUUCCUGCCGGUCACGAGCUCUGCACAGAAGCGGCACUUCCAUGGCAGAGACUCUCAGUGCAGAUCUGGGCCCGACGCGCGCCACCCUCAGCUUAGAUUCUGACCAAGGCCUUACUCCUAUAGGAGGACAGCGAGUUCGUUCGUCCACUUUCUGGGCUUGUGCCAUGAACAAAAUUCAAAGUCCUGUAUAUCUAUCUUUUACCAUAGAUUUUUAAAUACUUUUCCUGAGAAACUCAAAAUAAGGGUUGAAAAAUGCUAUUUUGUAUUUUAAACUUAAUACCGAGCAGCUAGCUACCUACGAUUUGUACUUACAUUUUGUUUUCCCCCCAAAUUGCAUUCCUUUUGACGUUUUCCUCAUGCUAUUUGUGACAAAUCAUCAGCCAGGUUUUCUGACUGACACACAGCUGCAAGCGGGAUUCUGUCUUAAUGACAGUCCGGGUCGUCCAUUUUGAUAGAAGCCAAACAAGGGAGAGUGACAUGCUCGCCCCUCGCGUCAGUACAGGCACACGGCUCAUUCGGAAAGGAUUCGUUUUUCUUUAAAAUGUUCUUCCUCACGGGCACAUCUGCAAGGUCUCGCCUAAUUGAAACCACAGUCUCCCGACCCUGAAUUUCCAAGAUAAUCCUUACCACUUGUAAGCCACCUACAGCUUUGAGAGCGCUGGGUGACCCGCGCGUUAUCAUUUAUGCAUGUCCAUGAACUUCUGCUGUACAUUGGAAUAGGAGUUACCACAGUCACAUUUACUGUCUAUUUUCUUGUGUGCCUUAUGAGAUGGCUUUUCUGACUGUACUCAAUAGUCUUUCUUUCUAUGCAGGUUUAUAAUCAGUACAACUACUGUUUUCUAAAAUAAUAUUACACAAGGCUCGGAGUUUGUAUUUCAAUCACAAUGACCAAGGAACAAUGUAUUCCAUUUUCAGGAACUGAAUAUUAGACUGUUAACCCUUUCCCAUACGCGCAGUGACAGGGAGCAUAUGGACUUGACAGACACUCCUCACCAUGACACCAUGUACGAACACACAUCUGGUGGAAACCAACUCAGACUGGGCAAGACACUGGCAGGGUCACUUAGAACCUACAUUUCUUACCCUUUUAGACUCAUGUGUUUUGUACGACACCAUCACGAGAAAAAUGUAUCCAUUCAGAUGAAGUAUUUUAUUACUAAAAGACAAAAACAAAAAAAGCUUAGAGUGAAUUGCACUGGUAAAGUACGGUUUCCAACCGCUGUGCUUCCUUCAGGACCCUCAUCUGACAGAGAGAGUGAAGGUCACCAUUGUAUGUCUACAGACGGUCCCAACCAAAACUCCAUCUUUUGAGCCCUAAUUAUGUCCAUUGUGUUAGAGACUAAAUCAGGGGUUUGUUCUAGAAGAACACGUUUUACCAUUUCCUUUAACCAGAAGGACAGCUAGUAAAGCAUUCACACGUUUUCUGUAUUAACCAUCGUGCGCACAAGAAAUACAUAGUAAAUAGGGAACCAGAAACUCCUGGCGUCGGAUCAUAAGGAGCUAGAUGAUUAGAAUGUGAACAAAGAUUUUACAAAUGUAAAACUUUUAUUUCUCUGUAGAAACUUUCUUCACUUUGCUGUGCAAGAAGACACUGCUUUGCUAUAUUUAAAAUGGCUUUUUUAAAAGAGAUUUAUGUAUUUGGUAAAUGUUUGUAGUCAACAGUUCACACAGAAGCUGUACACGGUUUGAUCAUGUAAAACCGUUUGGCGGCACAAGCUGGACUUUGUUGCCAUCCUUGAGAUGAAAAAUAAGUUAAUCUCAAUUUUUCCCUGAUGUGUUUUUUCUUCAUUAUACAAUAAAUAUUAUAGUGAACUUUUUAUCAAAUGGUUAAGAAAAUGCUAGAGGUUGUUGUAAACUAUUUGUAUCCUGCACUCACUACAGUAAAGACGGACUGGCUUUUCCUGUGUA